GGUUUAAUUUCUUAUGUUUUACAGGACAUGGGUCAAUAUCGACGGUAGUCUUACAUCCUGAGGCACUUCAACGACACCAACAUCAACUGAACUUGGUCUUGACCCCAUGUGAACACAGACGCUCAGCUCAGAACAGAUCAAGAAAAAUGACACAGCUUGUAGAGAAUGUGGUCUGAACUGUCGACCUUGGGUUUUAAUACAUUGCACAUAGUGUGACAAGAAGACUUGGAGAGUCGCACGUGCAUGUGAUUGGGAUAGUGUGUUUAAAUGUCACUCACGUAAUGAUCGGGUUGUGUUUUGUUCUGAAGCGAGCGGGUUGUCUGACUUUGUAGGUGUGUUAGCAUAUUGGUAAUCUGCUGUUAAUAUGGAAAGACAAGUGCGAAUACUUAGAGAAUAACAGUAGUUUUCUUGAGGUUUUAAGCUUAAUUAAGGACCUUGGGUGAAGGAUUUUUAGUAGAAAUUAGUUUCAGGCUUUUAAGACGCUUAGCUUUGCAGUGUAUUAAUCAGAAUAAUAAGAUAGUUGACAGGAUUUGUAGAAUUAGAAUAAACAUUCCUUGAAGCUUGCAGGUGCAUUGGAGCAAUUGGAAAAGGGAGGUAAAAUGAUGGCGACACCUCAAACGUGGAGCAUAGUUAUGUUGAUUUGUUUUCUACCAGGUAGUGAGGGGAUUUUUGACAUUUUACCCAGAACGAAUAUUUGGGUAACAUGGGCUGAGGUAACAGAUUUUUGUCUGAGCUUGCAACAAGCAGAUAACCCUUUUUGAACCUGUUUGAUUGGUAUUCCUUUGCAGGAGAAUGAAACCGACUUUGAUGGGUAUUGGAAUCCAUGGAGCGUAAACCUGGCUAACAGAGAAAGCGGUUCUUGUUUAAGCCCGAACAGCAGAUAUGUUUGGCCCUCUAUGCAUGGCGCAGCUUGGCAGAAAACGGUCAUUGAAAAUUUAAAUCAAUUACAUCAGUUACCUUUACAGGAGUUAGACUUAUUGGCUAGCAUUGUGCCUGUCGAAUAUGUUAAUGUUACUGCAACCUCAAUGCCAGGUUGUAAAAGCAUGUCAUCACAGCUCCGACCAGUAGAUGGUACAGGGGUGAUCUGGUUUGAUAAACCGUGGCAUAGUUGGUUUACAAGGCAAGGGGAACAGGGCCAGUAUGUAGGUUAUCUAAAUGUCACAGGGCAUUCUCUUUGGAGUAACUUGAGAACAGGAGGGUUACAUGUAAGCACCACAGGGGGUUUUAAACUUCCGCCAGGAGUGUUUCUGGUUUGUGGAAAUAGAGCAUGGCCCAGUAUUCCCAUGCAACCUGUUGGUGGGCCUUGUUACCUUGGACGGCUAACAUUGUUUGCUCCUCACAUGAAAGAUUUAUUAAAUGUCAGUAGGGAUCAUGGGAGAUUGUGCAGAUCCAUUCGAACUUUUGAUGAUACAUGUAAUGACAACGUACAGCUGCCAUCGGUAGCCGCUGCUAUAGCCACAUCUAUUUUUCUUCCAGGAGGAAUGGCAGCCAUGAAUGCAAAAAAUAUAUGUAGAUUAGCAUGUUGGGGUCAGAAACAAUUUAAUUUGACUACACAAAUGAUAAGUGAGCUACUUACUGAUGUAGAGGGUGUUAGACAUGCUACUUUGCAGAAUCGAGCUGCCAUUGGUUUUUUAUUGUUAGCACAUGGACAUGGUUGUGAAGAUUUUGAAGGGAUGUGUUGUUUCAAUUUGUCUGAUCACUCAAAAAGCAUAGCUCAGCAAUUAGCAACACUGCGCGAGAAUAUGAAGCAUGUUACUGAAGGACAUGAUACUUUUUCUGACUGGCUCAAUAGCCUCGGGCUAAGGGGAUGGUUGCAGAUUGUAGUUAAAGGAGCAUUGGUAGUGGUAAUAGUGUUCUUGAUUUUGAUAUUGUUACUUCCUUGUUUGUUUCAAUGUUUGCAACGCAUAAUGAAUGGGUUAAUUAAACGGAUGUCUGAGAAUGGGGUCUGGAUUGCUCAAAAACAAAAAGGGGGAUUUGUGGAGUGGCUGGAAGAAAACGGGCAUAUUAUGAGCAAUCCAGACCGAAUAACUUGGUUGUAAUAACAGGCCGCAGCUCUAAUAAACUGCAGGUGUUAUGUAGGACAUAUGCAAGGCCAAGGGAGACAAAGAAACUGUGUAUUCACAGAGAGAUAAGAGAGUUGGACAGAAAGAUGAGAAAAAACAGGAUGCCCGCACAAGGGGGGAGCAGCGUGUGGGCACCACACCGGGACCAAUCAUAGGGGAGGUGGAAGCGUGUGAACGAGUAGUUUUAACCUAUCACCUUUUACAUAACAAAGCCUGCGUAGUGUGUGUAUUUUUAGCUGUAGAGUAUAAAUUGGUGUGAGUCUAUUAAUAAAGUGGCACUAACUUGAUCACAUUGGUUGUGUCUGAGCCUUCUGCCUCAGAACAGGACCCGUCCAUUUUCUUUACAUUUAGGUGGAGCUUGGGUGACUCUAGUCAUACAUAUUGUUGUUACUGACUGGCAUCACAUGCCCAGUGAUCUGUAGUAGUACCUUGGAGGCAGGUAACUUUGGGAUGGAGGUGUGCACUAGUAUUACAAUGAAAUUAUUUUAUCUGAGGAAAGUCAUUUCACCACAGUGGUUGGCUCAGCAGUGGACAUCUCAUAUAUUCUUCAUGUGACAACUUCUAUGCAGCUUAUCAGCUGUGUGGUGCCAUCAAGUUCCCCUUCCUGCAGGGAGCACAACAGAGCCUGGCCGCAGUGUCUCCACUACGCUCCACCCUCCGUUACUCCUAUCAGCAUGUGUUGAGAUGGAAGGGUGUGUUGCUUAGGGAGCCAUGGUAGAUUCUGUGCAUGCCAACCAUCCUGAAGAUGAUAGCUGUAUUUUACCCUAAAAAGCUUUCUAUAAUACUAUACUUCUGUUAGGUCCUAGUUUUCUAUAAUUCCCCCCCUCCAAAGUAAUUUUCCCACAGCCAGCCCCACUGAACCACUGUGCCCGCUGCCUUCUGCCAGGGGCUGAGGUUUCCUAUGCAGGGAGAGAAAUCCCAGCCCUGUUUCAGGUGUGCCAUUGCUUCCAGCACAUAUGCAGGAGAAAAGGUUUCUGAGCUGAACUGGUAAAAGUUUCCUCUUCUAAUAUACUUCAAAAUCAUCAUUGUUUCUAGACACUUGACUUCAGAGGCUCCGAUCCCACAGAAAGGAGCUUCUGGACAGCCCCUUGUGGGUCUGUAUUAUAAUGCAGUGUCUUUUCCUGCUUGAAGCUGUGUUUUGGUGGGAUAGGUGGGCAUGUACUGGCUUUCAGCCACAAAUCACUUUUGUUAUGUCUGGCCUAUCUGUGCUCUCUUUAUGUUAAACUGUUUUCAUUUUCCCUUGUCCUGGUUUCAGCUGGGAUAAAGUUAAUUUUCAUUUCAGUAGGAGGUACAAUGCUGUUUUUUGGAUUUAGUAUGAGAAUAAUGUUGAUAACACACUGAUGAUUUUGGUUGUUGCUGGGUGAUGUUUAUACUAAGUCAAGGACUUUUUAGUUUCUUAGGCCCUGCCAGCAAGAGGGCUGGAGGGGCACAGGAACUUGGGAGGGGAUACAGCCAGGACAGCUGACACAAACUAGCCAAAGGGAUAUUCCAUACCAUGGGAUGUCAUGCUGAGUAUAUAAACUGGAGGGAGUUGGCUAGGGCCUGCCGAUUGCUGCUCAGAGACUGGUUGGGCAUUGGCCAGCAAUUGUAUUGUGCGUCACUUGGGUGCUUUUUUUUCUUUUAGAUUUUAUUCCUCUCUCCCUCUCUUCAUUACAUUUGUUGCUAUUAUUUUUUUUAAUUUUAUUUCAC